AAGACUUCGUUUAAGAGAAAAAGAAACCAAAAAACACAGAGAAAAUUUUCGAAACCUAGAAGCUUCUAAAAAUGGUGGCCGUAACUGAGAAUCAGAAAACGAAGAACAGUCUCAAGUUCCUCUGCAGUUACGGCGGAAGAAUCCUCCCUCGUUCUAUCGAUGGAAAGCUCCGUUACGUCGGCGGUUUCACUAGAGUACUCUCCGUUCAUCACUCAAUCUCUUUCACAGAAUUGAUGAUGAAAUUGGAGGAAUUUUGUGGCUAUUCCGUUGAAUUGAAGUGUCAAUUACCAAACGGAGAUCUGGAGACACUAAUUUCCGUCAAGUCAGACGAGGAUCUAGCGAAUAUGGUUGAAGAAUACGAUCGUGUUUACGGAGGCAAGAUCCGUUCGAUUUUGUCGCCUCCUAAGCAGAUGUCGCCACGAUCUAGCGGCGGUGGUGGAGAUAUAUCACCGAAAUCGCCGUUCUCCGUCGUGGCUUCUCCUUCUCCGCCUCGUUAUUGUUUAGCUCCACCGGCGGAGAAUCUUCUCAGUAGAUACCGUAUGAGAACUGGAGAAUAUUCUCGUUGCUGUAACUGCCGUGUUCACAACAAAGACUCCAAGCUCAUCUGGCAAUAACGUUGACGGUGAAAUAAAAAAUGCCUUAGAAA